AUGAACAGUAUACUAUCAAAAUAUGUAAACGUCCUAAAGAUUACACAUCUAAGAGCUAUGUUGUUCGGUAACUUUCAUUUGCGUGGCCGAAAAACGCGGCGUAAACGACGCUGGUCCAAUAUUCCAUGCUUCCACCUUCACAGGUAUCUCUUUGCCAUAAAGAUCUAGCAAAACUUGUGGAUCAACUUCAUCGUAGACUGAUGUACUCUUCUUGGUGGGUUCCUCCUGUUUGAUAAAUGGGGUCAACAUAGAAAAUUCUGGAUCAAUGCACAGUUGAAGGGGAGCUCUCGUCUGUUCUUCUCGGAAAGGCACGCCAGCCUUCUCACAAGCCUUUUUAGCCAGUAA